GUUUUGGUCAUUUAGGCCUUUCUACAUAGAAGCGUACUGGUACAACCGCGGUACCGGUACUGAGUGCGUAGAGCUACGGUAGCUGGCAGCUGCCAGUCAUUGUCAUUGGUUUGGACAAAAUAUUGAAUGUUUUGCAUACGUCAUCAUUUGAGUCCUGAAGUAUCCAUGACUCGAUUGUUUUGGCGCGGGCCUCCAAAUCACCAACAUCCAAUGACACGAACUUCAAGACGCCUGCAAACAAUCAUUUUUUGAAACUUUGGAUUUGUUUUGUUGGGCGAAGCAAGAAAGAUGGUGUUGUUGGCAGCGGUGAAGAGACGAAGAAGAUCAGUGUGGUCGCUUUUGCUACUGUUGCUUGUGACUACUACUAGUAGUGAUGGAUUGGAUUUGGGCAAACUCUUCAAGCGACGGGGUCGUCAAGUGGCAGCGUCGUUGGAGACUGAAGACGCAUCAGCCGAUCCCGAAAGCAAAGCGAAUGAAGUGUUGAGUUACAAGACGGCGUGUGAUCGACAAUUGGCGCAAUCGGUGGUGAUUUUGGGUGAACAAAAGGAAGCAGCCGAAGAAGCGCUUACGAUUUGUCGAGAACACCGAGCAACUGCCAGAAGUGAUGUGGACUACUUGGUCAAGAAAGUGGACAUUCAAAUGAACGACAUUGAAACUGCCGAUGAACGAUGCAACGAAAAAUUGAUACUGGCCAAACACGACAGUGAGGUUCACCUGGACACCAUUCAAGGGACUCUUAAUGAGACUCUGGCCGCCAUGGAAGGACUGAACGAAGAGCACAAGACUCAAGUACAGCUAUUGGAAGAAGCUCAUCAAUCCACUCUCCAAGAAUUGGAAGCACAGCAUUUGGACAAAAUCCAAAAACUAAAAAAUGAACAUGAAUCUGAAACACAAGAAAUACAAAAACAGUUGGAAGGACAAACCAGAGAGAGACUCUUGGAAAGACAAUCCUCACAGGCUAGUCUCCAAACCACACAGAAGGAACAUGAACAAGCCAUUCAAUCCAUGCAACAAAAACACAAAGCAAUACUAGAUGCCGCGGAAAAAGGUGCCAAGCACACACUCCAAAAGAUUCAGACAGAAUUGAACAGUCAAAUAGAAACACUCACCAAAACAGCUAAUACAUGCGACAAGGCACUCUCCAAAUCGCAAAAGGCGCACCAGUCACUGCAACAAGACCAUGAGCGAGCCUUGCAGAAAAUUGCGUCAUUGGAGCACAAAACGUCGUGGUCGUUGUUCAAGGACGAAGUCAAAUACUUUUGCCAAUCGGCCGAAAAGGAACUCGAGCUAUUCUUCACCCCACUCUACGAAAAGUACAAAGUACAAGCCAAAGUAGAUAUGGUCACUAGCGAAUAUCAAAAAGUCAAACAAGUGGCCAUGCCCGUAUUGCGACCCAUGCUACGACCACUCGAAAAGGCCACCCAACGAUUGAUCGAAUUGCAUCAACAAGUCGCCGAAACGGCAUUUUCCAAGACACGCCAAAUUUUUGUCCAAGAGGCAUGUCCCAUGGCGCGACAACAGUUACACAACAAAAAGGCAAGAGAGCUUUUGAUCAAUCAUCACACACGCAUGACGCAGGCCGUCGAAGAGGCAUGUGGGAAUCCUACCGAGUUUCUAACACAGGUCAUGUACGGUUUGCUCAUCUUCAUGGCAUUUUUGUUACGCUGGUUUAUCCUUCGGACUGUUCUGGCCAUUCUCUUGUUGCCAUUGAGAAUGCUCGUGUUCCCUAUUGUAUUCGCGAGGAGAAUGAUGAAGAGUGGCAGCAGGGAUGCCAAAACCGAAAUGACAGACAAUGACAAGGACAACGAAAACACACCAAAGAAACAAAUGAAAGUGCCUACUACACCAGUAAGCAGCAACAAGACAGAGGACGUCUUUGCGAGUGACAAGAAGAAGAAACCAAUGACGGAAGCUCCACCGCUCGUUAUUAGUGAGGAGAAACAGUAAUGGGCGAACGACGUGAGGAGGAUGUACCAUUGUGAAAGGACUCUUGCCAACCAACCGGGCAAAAGGGCGGGGGGGCACAACCAUGGCAAAACCAACCGAAACGGUUUUCAAGACCUGUAGUUGAGGGUAGUGAAAGACUGCCUUGCAUGAAUAAAUAAUAGCUGCCAGGUCGACUUUUGAUUUUCAAGUUUGCGCUUUUACAACCUCACGUGCUGUUCGUACUUGAGCCGAUUGCUGUCGGUGGUGUUCCGUUCUUACCUGGUACCGCUACGUUGUUGAAGGGACGCUUCAGGAGUGGAUCAUCCCACAUCCCACCACCCGCACGAACACUGGACGAGCUACCGGUGUAGCAAACGGCUAGCUACGGUAGACCUGUCUCUCCGAAAAGUCAGAUAGUAUCGUGGGAGACAGAGGUUGCCAGCCAAAUGACAGUUGCUGGAUGUGCCUUUAACUGGCAUCAUAAAGGAAUAGGUUUGGCAAUCAGGCAAUUGAACCGUACUAGAAAGAUGGCUGGCACUGGAAUGCAGGAGCUUGGUGCUUGGUGGCUGGUGGGGAGGAGGUCUUGGUUGCUGUUUGCUUGACUUCGUAUCAGAAUAUCAGAGGCGAAGAACAAGAGAUGCUACCAAGAGCUCUGCCAAGGAAGGUUGCUUCAGCUGUUGCUUCCUUGUUAGACCACCCCCUACCGGUACCCAACCUCCUGUUUCUAUUCGCCCGAUCUCAUCCGACACCUAACUGCGGGUACAUGCAAUAGCCAAAGACGAGUGUUCCACUGACCGAGGCCUUCAUUCAUCAAAUUUACACUAGCGAGGCCAGCUAGCUAGCUAGCUAGCUAGAGGCAGCAGAAUGAAUAGCACCUUUGUGUUUGAAUGCUGCAUUUACUUCCAGCUUGGAAAGUAGGCUCGGCGCUCGGCGAGGGAGUACGAGUGUACCGGCGAAGAAAGCAACCGAUGGAAAGUUCCAUAGAACUGUUAUUCGGAAGCUACAUGUAUUACAGUACAGUACCGUACCGUAGGUCGCCAUUACGAGUUCCGGUAGUGCCGAUGUUUUUGAACGUGCUUUCUAC